UAAUUGUGACAGGGAGCUGUGUGGGCGAAGAAAAAGAGCAGCGCAGCGAAUGUCGUUUCUUUGAGCUGUUCGUCAUUUGGUGUUUGGUUUGUUCAGUUGUAAAAAUGGUCCGACCUCAUUUUGGCCCACCUCGCUUAAAGUCCAGACCCUACGAAGAUGGUCACGGAAGCGGAUCUCAUGAAGGUCGUCGAGCAUCCCAGGGCUAUUCGGGUAAAGCUCCCUUCCACUGGAAAGACUCUAGAGGACGAGGUCGACCCCCAGUUGCCAGAAGAGUCCCACUAAUGGCAGAGCAAAGGGAGCCACGAUUCAAUCACUGGAGGUCCCACAAUCAGGAUUCAGGAUUCCAGCCAUACCCUCCAAAAAUGGUACCACACCACAGCCAGAGGAGGCCUCCCUCAUCUAGGCCAACACGAUCCCCCCAUGCCCAGCAUCAGUCAUCCUUCCGCAUUCCUGCAAGGGGGCCCCCAGGUCAAAGGGGCCCACCUUUCCACGGACCCCCAUCAGGUCACAGGUCACCCUCACCAAGGCAUUUCCGCAGCCACCCAGAUGACAGGAGGCCAAGUUCUACAAUGCCAUAUCGGGGUUCUUUCAGAGGCCCUAGAAGGCAGUCUGCAUUUCCCUAUCCACAGCAGCAGGGCCGCGAUUCUCGUGGGAAUUACGGUCCCAGAAUGAGGCCGUAUGAACCCUCAGACCGUGAUGGAAAGCGUUGGAAUGAGUCUGGAGCAUUUUCUCACCUUCACAAAGAAGAACAUGGGACUUCUGGGUCUCAGAGGAACCCCAGGGAGCUGCACGGGAGAGGCUCAUGUCCAGAGAGGUGGUCAUCUGAUCAAGAUUCCAGACGUCAGCGUGGUGGAGUGGACAGGCAGGGCAGCAGAUCACACAGUAGAGAGAAGACACAAGAUGCCCAUUCUCAUCCUCCAUCUUUUAGAGCACCCUCAUGGAAAGGAGGCCCAUCAUCAUCAUCAUCAUCAUCCUUCCAUAAGAGCCCCCCGGAGAGGCAUGAUCCAGGACCUCGCAAAAGGAGGGUGUCAGACAUCAGUCUGCCUUCCACAGAUUCUGCAGUGGAUUAUGGUCCCCCAAAACAUCCCAGGACAGAGAGGCCUCAGGUCCUCAAAGUCCCCAGGACAUUUGGUGGUAAACCUUUGUCCCUCAGGGAGAAAAGCAUCUUAAUGAAGAGCAAACAAAUAAGAACAGCGUCUCUGAUGAGGUUGAGAAUACCUCCAACUGUUAAACUCAAGCCUCAGUUAGGUGAGUCUGCUUCACAGGAAAGCAUCAGCUCUGUCCUUGCCAUCAGGAAGAAACGAUUCCAGACAAAUGCAGCCCCUCUGAGAAAGUUGGAACCAAGAAGAGAAAAACAUCAGUCUCCAUCUAGACUAGAAGGCAGUACAAGCAAGUCUUCAAGAACCUCUGGUUCUCGCAAAGAACAGGUGGAGUCUCGCCGGUCCUUGAGCACUCACAGAUCUUCUCCCAUAGAGAAACAUCUGAGUGACCUUGUCGUCGUGUCCCAUUGGCAAGCAGGGCCAAGCUCCACCUCCAAGGACAGUUCCCCACUGAAGGGUCGCAGCUCCAAGUCAAAGACUGACCACAAUUCUGGUGCAAAUGUACCACCAAAUAGACUGUCAAGGACUGAGUCCAGACCAUCAUUUGACGACCGUAAAAGAAGCUUUUUGGAUAAGAGGAUAUUUAGACCAUUUAAUGUGAUGCAGGACAGCUACAGGUCUGGUAGACCCUUCAGGAGACCAGGACCCAUGCAGAGACCAAGGUUAACUGGUGGUCCAAGGAGACUGGUUCCUGAACUGUCUGGAAAUGUGAGGAAGCCACUCAUGGAAAGCAUAGUGCCACGUCCCUUUCCAUAUCAGAGGCCAGCAUUUAGAAGAAGUCACAUUAUCAUGUCCAAAUACCGUAACAUGAGAAUGAUGCGCCAGCGUGCACCAUUCAGCCGAGGACCCAGCCAACGCUGGUGAUAACCUCUGGUUUCUCAUUCUUCCCUUGUGAUAACUGGUGACCACAGGAACAAGAAGUGAACUGCACCACCUGUUUUUUUCACACGAUGUCGUAACCCUCAUACUUUAUGGAAGUGCUUUGUGUUUCUUCUUUAAAAUUUGCUUCUGGUAAAGUGUUUCAGAUGUACUUUGUUGUAGGAUAUUUGUAAAUGGUAACCCAACACUACCAUCAUGUUCUUGCUGGUUUUUGGAGUAAAUCCUUGUUUUCUUAAUCUACAUUAUGCUUAAAAAUAGUUUUAUCGUUUGUUUACCAAUCAGUUUCAGGUUUGUGGAGUUGAAAUGUUUAUGUAAUAUUUUUCUUUUUGAUCUGUCAUAAAAAAAAACCCAACAAAAAAACUGCAGCUUGUAAAAUGUUUGGCUUCAGCAGUCAAGACUGUAAGCAUUUUGAGACAUGAAAUAAAGUCAGCUUGAACA